GCUCGAAUCUCCACCUCCGCAUCCCCGGUGUUUGACAUUUUGGACCCAAGAUAGAAUCAUCGGUAACAAACGCUCACAAAUUAUGAUAAAACGUCUGCGUGCAUUGAAAUUUUGCCUCACUGCUGGCACCUGUGUUGGUCUGAUGUACAUGAUAGGAAUUGUUGGAUGGGGUUGGAGCUAUUUCGAGACACCUGACCCGAGGUAUCCCUGUGUCAACAACAGUGAGCAAGAUGACCUCGGUUCGACUUAUUUUGUGCCGCAGUCCAUUGUUUUGAAUCAACAUAUUCCACUCUGGCAGAGACACCAGACAAGCCAGGGUAUCCUGGGGUACCCAGUCCCACUCAACAGGUCACAGCAAGGAGACAAUAACAAGACACUUGAUGAAGUGCAAACAUUCGACCACUGGCCAAAUUUCUCCAAGAAUUACUAUAAAAACCCGAUUCCAGAGAGUCCGUUUCAUCCCAAUCACACCAUCCGGUGGCAGUUUGAUUCUAGUCAGCUUCUCAAACGACCUGAUGUUACGAGUCAGCCGCCGAAAAUCAUCACCUGGAUGACAAAGCCCCGCCAUAUUCCAGACCUUCCGGAACCUGUGCGCCUGCGCGUGUGUCCGGAAAUGCCUUGUCGUGUGACUUCCAAUACUUCAUUCCGGGAGCAAAGCUCGGCCCUCGUGUGGUCUGUGGAACACAUGUCGGAAACACAGCCACCACCGAGAUCGUUUCCCGAUCAGGUUUUUGUGUUUCAUAAUCUCGAGCCCCCGAGGGGAGAAUGGGUGUGUUCCUCCACUUACCGCCUGGAUUCCUGGACGUCAGUCUUUAACUGGACCAUGAACUACAGGUUUGACGCCGACAUUCUCAGUCUCCAUGGCCUGGUGGUCAAGCGAAGACGUCCAGUCAAGCGGAACUACACGGACAUCCUGGCCAGGAAGACCAAGUUCGCUGCCUGGGCUGUCAGCAGUGUUAUAGAUCAAAGCAAACGGAAACAGUUCGCCGCCAUGCUGCAGAAGUACAUCCCCAUCGACAUCUUCGGGGAAAAUUCUGAACACAAAUGUCCUCGAGACCAAGACGACGCCUGUUUUCAGACAUUCAGCAGGGACUACAAGUUCUACAUGGCUUUUGAAAACUCCUUGUGUAAGGACUACAUUUCAGAGAAAUUCUUCCGCUAUCUGAACUUAGACGCGGUGCUGGUUGCACGAGGCAGCAACGAAUACAAAUUCCACGCGCCGCCAGGCAUCUUCAUCAACACGCGGACUUUGCAACAGUCAAAGACCUCGCCGACUACCUUCUGUACCUCGACAAACACCCCAAUGACUACAUCGAGAUUCUCAAAGCCAAGGACAAGUAUGAGGUCUUGUUCGAGGACUACCCGUUGCGUAGAGAUGACGGGCGAGUGUUCUUCAUGCAUUACCAGUACGAGGCCACAGCUUUCUGUGAGAUGUGUCGCCGCCUGUGGAACCUGGACUCCUACAGACAGACCAUUCCGGAUGCAGGAAAGUGGUUUGAUAAAGAGCUGUGCUACAAAGCCACAGAUUUACAGUAAAAAUUUAAGCUCUGUCGUAUUAUUUAUUGGGAUGUUUUUUAACAUCUUGUACCUCGAGACCUAGUCUCAAACCAAGAGGGCAAGACUUGGGAGGAAGGACCCUUGGGUUAGAGAACUUUGAGCUAGGGGGCAAGUCAGUGACAAAGAACUGUCAGGACUGCAUGCGGUCGCCGUGGAAUGCAAAGAGCUGGGCGACCAGGACUUGCACUACCUGUGAGAGGACUUGCACUACCUGUGAGAGGACUUGCAUUACCUGUGAGAGGACUUGCACUACAUGUGAGAGGUAGACGUUCGACGCCAAGUCCAGAAGUCAUCAAAGGAAGAGAAUUUCUUCUGGGUUCGCCGCAAUCCAAAGAACCAGAGAGUUUUGCAGGAAGGUGAUAAUUUAUUCACAGGCUGUACGUGGUUUAUCAGUCGUCGACGACACCACGUGUAUGUCCCUGGACUGGGAUGUGUCUCCGGGGGUGCAGUCGUUGCUCUUUGGCAGGUGAAGCAACACUUUCGAGUGAAAGUCAUCAGAGUGCUGUGACUGUCAGCGGAAGUAUUGGUCUCCACCAAACCUCCCUCAUUAUUAAACCACGAUAACAAUAACAGCUUUAACAUCAGAGCUAAGCUGAUGUGUGAGUGAGAGUGAAUGGUAGAGAAAGAGAGAGGUAACUUCACUGGAAUAGUGGAAGUACGCUUAGCACGGAUAGCACUGGGACUCACUGGGACUCUCCCCUAAACGAGUCUUUUUAUUGUGUGUAUUUGUAUGUUUUUACGCUUAUUAAAUCUUUUUAUACAUCA